AUGGUAUCUGAUACUUUCAUUGAGACUAAGCUUCCACGAAACGUGGACGACUCGACGUGCACGUUGGAGGCGGCUAUACCUGAUUCAAUUGAAUACCCUACUUCCUACUCAGCGAUUAUUGCGCAAGCUCGCAUGUCAUCAAUUGGGAAUGUAGUUUUCAGUGAGAUAAUUUCCUCCUCGAACCAAAGCCUCUUGGACCUGAGGAUUUCGCGCUCUAUCGACAACCAACUUAAAGCCUGGAAACUCUCACUUCCCUCUUACUUCGCGGUUCAAAGUGUUCCAGAAUGGUUCCGUGGCCCACGAGCGAUUGUCCUAUGGAAAGAAGAAAACAUUCGAUUGCUGCUGUGGUGGGGUACUAAGCGAAUGUGCACAUCACCGUCUGAUCACGAAGAAGCACAGAAUAUGUGCAACUUUACGGCAGUUGAGACGAUUCAAGAUAUCUCAAACUUUUGUCGUGACAACUCGGAGAUACUGCACACUGGCGUCAGCUGGUAUGCUACAUACUACCUCUUCCAAGCGGCAGUUGUUCUGAGCAUCCACCACCUUCGUCCUACGGAAUCUGUUCAUAGAGGCUUAGGGGAGGUAAGUCAAGAGCUUUGGUUCUCUUCCAUUACGAGAUCUCGUGACUGCUUGGCUUCCUUGAGCCGAACCAAUACGGCUGCAACGCGGUGUCUCGAGGUCCUUGAAAGAAUAAGCGACCAACCUCAGCAUGCCCAACACCACUCAUCUUUGGCCUCAGAAUCGCAGGCGAAUCGUCAAUCAGAAAUUGUACAGCACGAAGCUGUCCCCGGCGAUGUAGAGGUUCCUUCCACAAUGCUAGCUGUUGACCCUACACUUCAAAUGCUUUUCGAGGAUACUUUGUGGGAUAAGGACCUUUUUCAAGGCCUCGAUGGUUUUCCCAGCACAGGCGAGGGGGAAGCAUUUGAUUAUGUUCCAUCCAAUACUGACCAGGGGUGGCUCAGAUCCUCAGACCCAGGCGGCCAGGAUUUAAAUUACACCCAGUGA